AUGGCCCCUCUUACCCUUCCUGGCGCAGACAGUCCAUUCAAAAUCGAAGUAACCGACGAGCAGCUUGAUUUACUGAAGAAGAAACUUGCACUGACAACGUUCCCCGAUGAACUUGAAGAUGCUGGACGCGACUAUGGCGCACCGCUUGCUGACUUGAAACGCCUUGUUGCGCGAUGGCAGGACGGCUACGACUGGAGGAAACGCGAAAAGGAACUCAACGACGAGCUGCCCCAGUUCAAGAAAGAAAUCAAAAUCGGUGGAUUCGGGGAUCUUGACGUUCACUUCGUGCACAAGACCAGUGAGGUUGAGGGUGCCAUUCCGCUCUUGUUCGUGCAUGGGUGGCCAGGAAGUUUCAUUGAAGUUCGGAAGAUUCUGCCUCUUCUGACGCAGGCGAGCCCGGACCACCCCAGCUUCCAUGUCGUCGCCUUCAGUUUGCCUGGUUAUGGAUUCUCGACGGCCCAUAAGAAGGGGUUUGACAUAGCUCAAUACGCCGAGGUCGGAAACAAGUUGAUGCUCUCUCUGGGAUACGAAGAAUAUGUUACCCAAGGAGGCGAUUGGGGCGCACCUAAAUACACACCUGCAGAGGUGGCAGGCCUGAAGCGGACGGAGUGGUUCCAGAAGGAAGGUCGUGGAUACAACCUUGAGCAAUCGACUCAGCCACAGACUCUAGGGUACAGCCUGGCGGAUUCUCCGUCGGGUCUCCUUGCUUGGAUCUAUGAAAAGCUGGUCAAUUGGACAGAUGGCUACCCCUGGGAGGAUGACGAAGUCUUGACAUGGGUGUCGAUUUAUUGGUUUUCGACGGCUGGCCCCGCUGCGUCGCUGCGUAUCUAUUACGAAAAAACCCAUGGAGAAGACGACAGUGCACAAAUUCCAACGAUUCCUCAAGGGGUCUCUUACUUCCCCAAAGAACUUGUUGUCCACCCUCGAGCAUGGACAAGGACCAAAUACACUGUAUUCGAGAAGGAGCAUGAAAGCGGCGGCCAUUUCGCCGCGCACGAAAAACCUGUGGAAUUGGUGACGGAUUUGAGGAAUAUGUUCGGGAAGAAUGGGCCUGCAUAUGGUGUUGUCAAAGACAGGAAGGGGUAUUGA